GGCUCGCUCACGCCUCCUUGUUUGAUUGUAUCGAAGGCUGUGAGCAGAUGACGCAGUGAGGUCCAGUGAAGAUGGCUCCUUUUCCGGACGAGGUGGAUGUUUUUACUGGCCCGCACUGGCGAAUGAAGCAGCUGGUGGGCCUGUACUGCGAAAAGCUGUCCAACACCAACUUCUCCAACAACAAUGAUUUCCGCUCAUUUCUUCAGUCCCUGUGCGCCACAUUUAAGGAGUUCAAGAUGCAUGAGCAAAUUGAGAACGAGUACAUUAUCGGGCUGCUGCAGCAGCGCUGCUGCACGGUGUACAAUGUACACUCUGACAACAAACUUUCAGAGAUGUUGUCCCUCUUUGAGAAAGGGCUUCAUAGUAUUAAGAGUGAAUAUGAGCAGCUUAACUAUGCCCAGCAGCUGAAGGAGAGACUAGAAGCUUUCACACAGGACUUUCUGCCCCACAUGAAGGAGGAAGAGGAGGUGUUUCAGCCUAUGCUUAUGCAGUACUUCAGCUAUGAGGAGCUCAAGGACAUCAAGAAACAAGUGAUAGCGCAGCACUGCAACCAACAGCAAUUGGACAGUGCCGCAGAGGUGCUAAAGGGCUUCAGUUUGUGGAGCCAGGCGGAGGAGCUGCAGAAAGCCUUCAAAUACGCUGAUCACGAGAAGACAGAUUAUGAACUGGAAAAAAACAGGAAUUCCUCCACCCACAUCACCCAGCUCCCAACGGAAAUUAUGCUGAGGCUGUUCCAUUAUUUAGGCCCUGAAGAUCUGUGUCGCUGCAGUCAAGUGUGCAGCUCCUGGUCAGAGCUAGCUAAGACCGGCUCUUUGUGGAGGCACCUUUAUCCUGUGCGCUGGGCCAGAGGUGAUUAUUAUAAUGGCCCCCCUGGGGAGCUCGACCAGGAGCCAGAUGAGGAGUGGGUGAAGAGUCGGCAGAACGAGGGUCGUGCCUAUCAGGAAUGGGAUGAGGACGCUGAUGUCGAUGAGUCUGAUGUGUCAGGUCAAAUUGAGGGCUCCCUUGCAAUCAGCACUGCUAAGCGGGAGAAGAGGCUCCUGAAUGGGAUUAUCCAGAAUCUUCUUCCAGCUGUCGGUCCUUCUGUCAAGUCCAUUGUUCUGGCAUAUAGCUCUACAGUCUCAAGUAAAAUGGUACGUCAAAUCCUCAGUUUCUGCCCCAAUAUUGCACAUCUAGACCUGACGCAGACUGACGUUACAGACUUUGCAUUUGACAGCUGGUCAUCUCUCGGAGCUUGUCACUCUCUGGAGCACCUGGAUUUGUCGGGGUGUGAGAAAAUCACUGAUCACACCUUGAAGAAACUGUCUUUUGGGCUGGGUGACCUCAUGUCUUCCACCUGCAUUGACAAACGCUCAGACAAGCGAGCCAAGCUUCUUAAGAGUUCCCCAGGUCCCAUCACGCUUGUUGAUGAGAGAAACCUGCAUCCAGUGGGACGAAAGCAGGCCAUAAUUUUCAAGCAGGGGACUGGCCGCUGGGGCGCCGCCUGCACGCCCACACAAGUAUGGGUCCUGGAUCCUUUGGACCUUGCUGAUAUUGAGGACGCAGCAGAGUGGAGUCGUCGUGGUGGGAUGCCGCUCACUGAUGCGGAAAGCUUCGUUGAGACGCAACUUAUGGGAAGUUCAUGCUGUUGCAGGAGGAGCAGGAGGCGGGGGCACAAGACUGGCUCAGAUGCCUCAUAUUUGCAUCAGCAGUACGCCUUGUCUGCAGAAGUGCUCUGCGGUCACUCCACCUGCUGCACAAGCGACGUGGCCCUCAGGACUUUUACUGGGUCUGAGUCAGGCAUGACCAGAAACGGCACUGCAGAAUUUCGGACUAAAUGCUCCUCAAUGGGGAGCCUGCAGUGUCUCCAGCCUGAAAACAGGACUGAUCAAUCAGAAACGAAACGCUCACUGAGGUUUCUCAGCCUGUCUGGAUGUUAUCAAGUCACUGACUUGGGCCUGAGGGCUCUGUCUCAGCGUGGAGGGCUUCCCGUGCUGGAGCAUCUCAACCUGUCUGGCUGCCUCUUUAUCACUGAGGUGGGGCUGCAGGAGCUGGUGUCGGCCUGUCCUUCCCUCAAUGACGAGCACUUCUAUUAUUGUGACAACAUCAACGGUCCCCAUGCAGACACGGCCAGCGGCUGCCAGAACCUGCAGUGUGGUUUCAGAGCUUGCUGCCGCUCUGGAGAGUGAUUCAGCAAAACAAUGCUAUUCUGAAAUGUCUCCUUUUAAUUGCACUUUAUUCUGGGAAUACCAUUUGCUGUAUUUUGUGUCACUUAAAAAUAUUUCUUGAUGAAACUGUAAUUUUGCUCCAAAUCUUUUGGUCUAUAUUUCAUGGAAAUAAUGCUGUCUAAAAGGAAAAUAUACAAGGGUAACAAUGGAUUUGAACUGUCUGCAAAUAUCCUGGUUUGUUCUUUUUGGUUUAAAAAAAGUAAAAACCCAGAAAAAAAUGAACACCUAGAACUCAGUGUUUUCUGUAGUUUAAACCAAGUUUGUUUUGUCACUAAAAUGAUACAGAUUUACACCAGUCUGCUUCUCCCCUUACUUUGUAACUCAUAAUCAGCAUAGCUAAUUGACUGUAGGGUUAACUUUGUUGUUAAAUUGAAUCUAGCUGUCGUUUAUUUGAUAACGAUGUGUGGUGAAACAAAGAAGUGGUCAGAGUUUUGGGUGAAGCUGACUGCUCCAAAUGGCACUCAGAUUGUUGAUGGUUAGGUCCCUACAUGUGACUCUUUUUCGCUGCCUUGUGCUACCGUACAUUGAUGUUCAGUUCACUGCUGAUGCUGGCACAGCGACAGUAUGCACAGACAUAGGAACUGGUACUUGAUGUUGCAGUGUAGUCCUUAACCCCCCCUUUUUUUCUUUUUUUUACAUUUGUGAUACUAAAUGUCCAGAAAGAGUUUCUUGCUUUCACUUUUCUUUAUGCACUCCAGUGGGCAAAGAAAUGGACCAGUUCUUGUGAGAAAGAUUGAAGAGUUUGUAGAGAAAUAGAAAAGCGGGAUUAAAAAUAGUCAAGCGCAUAUUGGGAGAAGUCUUCAGCGCAUUUGGCCAGCUAGAGUACUGCAUCAUUUAUGAUACUGCAGCAAAAUUUAUUUUCCUGUUCAGAAGCCUUGCAUGAUUUCUGUUGAAAAUUCACAACAAAAUAAUAAAAACAUCUUGGAGUUAGAAAUUGUG